AUGAGGGAGACAAAGCUUCACAUCCCCAUGACCACCGCCACAGGCGAGACGAUUGGCAUUGUCGGCGUCUUAGCGCAGAUCGCACUCCCGCCUCACAACCCACAAGAGCACGAGCCGCAUCCCAUCUACACCUCGCGUUCCACCACAGCGCCCAUCCCACCUCUUUCGUCCUCUCGCUAUGGACACAGACCCGACAUCAGCAAUGACCCUUCCUCCUCCAGAAGCAGCCUCGUCGAGGACGAUCCAGCCACCAUGCAGCGUCUCCGCCACAAGGAUCAAGCGUUCAAACGACGAGGAUACCCCAUCUACCCGAUUGACAAGCGAGACACACGCGGGCUCAAGAUUGCCAUCAUCCUCCACGGGGUGUUGGCGCAUAAGGACCAGAUCUACCACAAGCAGCUCGCGCGUGCUCUGCCCGUCGACUCAUUCCGCUUUGAUUUCCGCGCCAACGGCGAGACGCCCGGAACGUGGUCCAUGGGCAACUUGGCUGAUGAUGUGGAAGACCUCGUCGCGGUAGUCAACUACCUGAGGAUCAAGUUGGAGUAUACGGUGGAAAUCAUCAUUGGACACAGUCGAGGCGGCUUGGACGGGUUUGCAUGGUUUGCGAAACACUGUCCGGAUGCGAUGCCGCCUUCGUUGCGCGUGCCGUUCUUUGUCGGGUUGAGUGCGCGCUUCAACAUGGCCAACAUCCACGAGCGUGAUCCGAUGUACCUCUCGGCAUUUGCGAAAGAGGGCUUCUUCCGGUGGCAGGCACGCGUCGCGGGCCAGGACAAGGAGUUGCACGUCUACCCGGACCAGGUGGAGCAGUUUGCCGCCUGGCCGACACGCGAGAUAGCCCUGGCCUUUCCGUACAACACCGACGUUUUGCUCAUCCACGGCACGGCGGACAAGUCGGUUCCUGCGUCCGACGUUGCUUCGUACAGCAACAUUCUCAGUGGGGUGCACAGACGGCCGGGCAGCUGUUCGGUCAAGCUCAUUGAUCAUGCAGACCAUCUGUUCCGUGGGUUUUACCCGCAGGUCGUCGAGGCGAUCGUCGAAUGGUUAGCCGAAAGGUCAGAGUUGACCAAGAUGGGGUUAAGUGCGGCGGCGAUUCGAGAUAGGGAGACUCUGGGACUAGCGAGAUUCAACCCGACGCACUUCAACCAGGGGCGCACGGCGGGGCCUCAUAUAUGGGACAACAACCUCGCGAGCGGCGCGAAAGGCGCAGCUGUGACAGCGGGGAACGGCGGGCCGACGCAGGCGGCGGUAGCAGGUGCGCCGUGGUUGGACAGCAGCCGCGCGGGGAGAGGUGGAGAGCCGGCAGCCGGAGCACCGGUGACAUCGCCGUUUCAGCGGUACGUCGCUGCGUCGGUCGGGGGCACUGCACUGCAACCGCCAGCGUCGUCGAGAGUGGAGGCGCAGAAGGAGGGGGAACAGCAGGCGGUGAAGCUUGUAAAGGCGGAAGGCGAGGAGGAUGCAGCGUCUAUGGCCAAGAAAGUUGCUGCCAAUCCGUACAUGUCUUCACCCAUCGCUCAGUCGAAGAUUGGCGCUGGUGCCACGACGGCUGCCUCGUGGCAAGCGUGGCCGAUUUCGGCCCCGGUGCCGCCGGCAUCACCAGAUACGUCAACAUCGGACAAGGUUGCUACGUCAACAACAGCAAAGACAGCUUCGACGGACCAGAACACCUCCACAGCAGCACCCAUUUCCUUUCAAAGAGCCAAGCCGCGCCUAUAA